AUGGCCAAAAAAAAGAGUACAAGAACGUCAAGUUUACGAGGUGCUGAAGUGACCAAGGAGACGACGGAUGACGAGGAGAAAGGUGUGAAGAAGAUUGCAAAACUGUUUACUACAUUGCAUGAAAAAGUUUUAGCUUGGUACCGUCGAGAACGUGAGGGAAUCGCGUUAAUUGAAGGGUUUCAGUCGGCAGUGCUGGCUCUUCGAGAUGCUCAAGCGGUAGCAGAGAUUGUAGAUAAUGAAGGAAAUAGUCCGGAUAAGAAGGGAGCAGAAACAUUGAGUGGAUUGGCUGGUAAUGUAGUGAUGAAUCCGUGGCUAGCGGAGGAUUUAUAUGAGCAAAUGCAAACGCUACCGACGGUGUUCGAAGAACUCUUGGAGGAGAUGUGCACCUUGCACGUUCAGGCGAGAGAGAUCGUGCAGAAUGAGGAGGACGGCGGUGACCAGGAAGUCAAAGCGACGCAAUUGAGACCCGUCGAUUACCUUCAGAUGAUAAGUCAUGAGCUGGCAACGUUUGAAGCCGAGUAUCAGUACAUUGAAGCGCUGCUGCGACUCAUUUCGUUCGAGACUUCUACUGACGAGCUGCGCACUCUCGUCAUCUCGUGGAGUACAUCACCUUUCCUGGAUCCAGAUCAGACCCGCAGAUUUUACCAGCGUCACUUGAUCUCGAGUCAACAACGUACGUAG